AUGGUCAACCCCUCAAUUGUCAUUGUGCCAGGUGCAUGGCACCGACCUGCACACUUCCAGGGCCUCAUUGAUGAGCUCGCAAAGGUCAACUAUGAUGCAGAGGGCGUAACCAUGCCUUCAGUGGACUCCAGCCCGCCACUGUCUACCUGGGAGCAAGACGCGGAAGCUGUGCGAAAAGUGAUUAUGAACAAACUGGAUGCCGGGAAGGAUGUCGUCGUCCUCGCACAUUCAUUUGGCGGAAUCGCCAUGUCAGAGGCAGCCAAGGGUCUCGGAAAGAAGGACCGAGAUGCACAGGGAUUGAAAGGCGGGAUUAUAAAGCUGGUCUAUAUGUGCGCGAUGGCAUUACCGGAAGGCCAGAGCCAUGUCGGCCAGUUGGUCCCGCAGACGCCCGAGGAAGAAGAGAUCGAGCGUCAGCGCAAGGAGUUGGAGGAAAAGUUUGGGGGACUAGAUGUGUCAGCGGACGGAGCAACCAGCCUGCCAAAGGACCGCGUCCACCUCAUCUUUUAUAACCGAUGUGACCAGAAAGAUAUCGAUAGGGCUGUGGAGCUGCUGGGCACAUUCCCCGUGGGCCCGUUGACCGUUCCUGUUACAUACACCGCGUAUCGUGAGAUCCCCAGCACAUACAUUGUCUGCAAAAACGACCAGGCAUUGCGGGAACCGUUUCAACGAAGAAUGAUUGCGCAAGGCCAAGACUUCUUUGAGGUGGAGGAAUGUGAUGAGGGCCAUUCCCCAUUCAUGAGUAAUCCAGGCUUCAUCGUCGAUUGCGUUCGGAGGGCAGCCGGAGAGAAGUCGGAUCCAGACGGAAUCCCCGAUGCGAUCUGCGCAAAUUGCAGACGUCUAAAACGCGAAUGUACAUUCGAGUUCGCUAUAGCCCAAUCCAACCCUUUCUCUCGCAAACGCCAGAGGCGCGACUACGGGGAACCUAGUUUAUCAACAGCGCAGAAUGAAUAUAACGACUUUGAUACAACAACCGAGGCAGCCGCUGUAAGCCCGGGAAAUCGAUUUGAUGCCACAUCCAUCGCUGAGCAAGAUGUUCUGGCUGCUUGGCUGAAUCUUGACUAUGAUGAGAUUGUCGCGGAUAGUGCCAACUCGUUUCCAACCAACCUCGAGCCUUCUAAUUCAUUCACUGCGCUUCGUUCUGAGGACAAAGCGCCAGAAGAGAGCCAGAGUGACAGUCAACUCACAGUUAUUACGCCCCAACUGACACACUUUCGCGGAGGACAAAACCUCGAAUCAAAUAGUCACCGACCAACGGUUGGCCUUUCAUUUGACAGUCCCAUCUACCUGCUAAAUUCUGGAAUAGACGCGAAGAUCUUUGGUGAUCGUCUUGCCCGGAUUUAUGAAGCAAUUGCAACAGCCAGUGCGUCGAGGUUUUUGGACUAUGACUGCAAUCUUUAUGCGACUAAGAGUCGCUACCGAUUGGGAGAAAGUGACUCAGGGAGCUCAAAUGGAUCGGCACCUACCAGCUCGGCCAUGGAUCCAAUCACUAUUUCGCCCCGGUUCGCUCUUCCGGUAUCAUCACAAGCAAUGCCUUAUGAGAUUUCCUUAUUAGGGAGCGUUCGGUUCCUUGAUCAUUUGGGCGACCUAUAUGGUAAUCGAUUGAACUCGGCUGCGCGGAAGAAAUCAGAUGAAACCUUCAAAGCUGUUCUUCGCGCAUUUUCAAUGCAAUGGCUGCCGAGCUCACCUUCCCCUUCCUUUGCAACAUGCUCGGCCUCCGGUCACUUUCAACGUAAUUCAAAGUCUGGAGAGGCAGGAGAUGACUCUCCCUUGAAUGCCUUCAUUGAUGCUUGGGUACGGGCAAGAUCACUUCUCAACGAUGCGCACGAUGUUCGGUCAUUUCGAGUUGUAUUGGCAACACUCAUGUUUGUUGGUAUUGUCACGCCGACUAAAAUAAUCGAAAGAGAGGACCCCGUCCCAAACCACUUUCUUGACACCGCUUUGCAAAAGCUAUCCUACUUGGAUGGUUUAGUCACGCAAUACUGUGCGAACCUGGGACCAUCAUCUACGUAUGGUGCCCUUGCUGAAGCAACUUUGAGCAUUGUCCGGUGGACUGCAUAUAUCCGCGACACCGGCGCAGCCUUGGCUAUGGAUCGGCAAUGCAAACUUCCAGACCUGUGGGGUACUACGACAGUUCUUUCAGAUAAAGAGGCCGUGGCAGCAUUGGCAGUCUCUCAAAGUAUCCUAGAGUUGGAUAUCAAUGUUCAACCCAUCUGCCGAAAAGCCAGUGCGGAAACAUUUAUUGUCUGGAGGCAGAUUAUAAAUAUCAAAACCGUUGCUAACCAGGCGUAUGGAACUAUCAAUGAACAGUCCUCGCCAACAAUCCAAGCAUUAAAUUUGGGCGUAGCGGCUGUUCGUGACUUCAGCCACUCAUUCCAACCUUUCAUCCUUCACUGCAUCAGAAAUUUCCAUUGUCUGUCCACCUGUCCUAGGAUAUCCCUAGUUUCCCUCGUGAUGUUCUGGAACCUUGGCAUUUUUCUUCUCGUUGAAGUCUUCAAAAAGGUGAUCAAAGACCUCGACCCUUCUGUCGAACAAGACGUAGGCCCAUCCGUCCGGGAAUACCAACGCGACGCAGCCUCGUGCGUGUCACAGGCAGUUGAAUGUGUGCUCAAUUUACCCGCCGAAGAGGCCUUCAACCUCCAAAAUGGACUAGGCGCUGAAGUCCCACUUACCGCUUAUCAUGUCACUCCCAGUUUGACUGUCACGGCCCUUCAAAAGGCCAUUGAGAGUGUGAUAGACCUGCAGCUUCGUUCUAGUUCCGAUGAUGCUUCAUCAGAUGACGCGCAAUUUUUGAUACCAGACGGGGUCUGGGAUCGACAACUCGACAUUCUCUUGAAGGGACUCAUGUCGCUUGAUGUUACUAUUGGCGGGUCGCAGACUGUUAGUGUGGCCCUCGGAGGAUUAAUGCACAAACAUGGGGACAUACUAUCUGAGUGCUGGACUUCAGGGUUUGACUCAUGA